GCCCAGCAUGGACUCGUUGAUCGAGCAUGGCGGUUCGGAGCAGGGCUCCAGCACGGCCCUGCUGGUCCUGCAGAAGGCUCAGCUGCUCUAUCCGGUCAUCCUGCUCCUGGCCUUCACCCUCUCGGCCGGCGUCCACACCGUUAUCACGUCCAAAUCCGAGGAGCAGCUGGCUGCACCCACCGUGACGGGCCCCGGCGGGAAGCCGCUGCCGAUCACCAAGCGAAAACGGGAGCAGGAAGCGCUACAGGAAGCCGACGACGUCGAUGGCGCCGCCGGCCUCGCUCGCCCCGUGUUUUUGUACCUGACGGCCGCCGUUGUGACGUCGUUCGUCGCCAAUGGCGCCGCUGUCGCGAUCCACGCCAUGGGAUCAACCAGAGACGGGGGGCUCGACAAUGCGUGGUGGUGUGGCGAAGAGAGAAUCGUCUACAUCGUCGGCUCGGCGUUUCUCUACCUGUACGUCCUCAUCACUCUCUUCGAGUGGCGCAAAGGUCCAAUCGUGGUUCACGCCAUCUUCUGGGUCCUCGGUCUCAUAGGCGAAAUUGUCAUCCUGCUCGCCUCGGUUCUCGCUCUCACCGAUAGUGGCUACCUGCGCUACCUAACAGCACCCCCGGACAACGGUCUCGGAUUUUGGGACCUGGUCGAUGUCGGUAUCGCGGGAGUCCGUAUCUGUCUACUCGUCUCUCUAAUCGGCCUAUACGCUGCCGUUGCCAGGAAGCGGGUCGAAACGCGGCGCCUGCACGACGAGGAGGCACAGCGAUCGGUCGUGGACGUGGACGAGGCGAGCCCGCUGCUCGACAGCAAUGGAGACUACCGCGACCAUAGCAACGGGCAUGCGAGGCGUGGCAUUCACUACGGCACCACCGGCAGAAACACGCGCCGUAACCUGGAUGCGCCCGGGGAACAGGGAUGCCAGCAGCAGCAGGACGAGGGGGCUGCCUUCUACAGGCCGGACAAGCUCCCUCACAAGACGUGGUUCGAAUAUUGCCGCGGCUACUCCAUCUUUUUCCCCUACCUGUGGCCCAGCAAGUCCGCCAAGCUCCAGGGGGUUGUUCUCCUGUGCUUCAUCUUGGUGAUCUUGCAGCGCGUCGUCAACAUCCUCGUUCCUGCCCAGCUCGGCGUCCUCACCGACACGUUCAAGAAGCAGGGUAUUGACAAGGUGUGGUUAGAGCUCGGGCUCCUCAUUCUCUACAAGCUGCUCCAAGGACCGUCUGGCCUGCUGGGCUCGAUCCGGUCGAUUCUCUGGAUUCCCGUGUCGCAGCACACAUACCGGGCCCUGACGACGGCCGCUUUCGAACAUGUCCAUUCCCUCUCGCUGGAUUUCCAUCUGGGCAAGCGCACGGGCGAGGUGCUCUCGGCGCUCAACAAGGGCGCGUCCAUCAACCAGUUUCUCGAGCAGGUCACGUUCCAGGUAGUGCCGAUGUUGGUGGACCUUCUGGUGGCCAUCAUCUACUUCUACAUCCGCUUCGGCUCCAUCUACGCCCUCUUCGUCUCCAUCAUCACGUUCUACUACCUUUACCUGACCAUCCGUAUGGCCGCCACCAGAGCUGAUCAGCGCCGCGAGAUGGUCAACGCCGACCGCGAAGAGGAAGCCGUCAAGAAUGAUUCCAUCAUGUCGUACGAGACGGUCAAGUACUUCAACGCCGAGAGGAGGGAGUUUGACCGCUACGGCGAGGCUAUCAAGAAGUUCCAGGAGGCCGAGGCCAAGGUUACGUACGGCAUCAGCCACAUGAACAUCUGCCAGUCGGUGGUGUUCAUGUGCGGCCUGCUUGUCGCCCUGCUGACGUGCGGCUACCAGGUGUCGCGUGGCGACAGGACCGUAGGCGAUUUUGUCCUCCUUGUCACAUACCUCAACCAGUUGCAGGGCCCUCUCAACUUCUUUGGCACUUUCUACCGUACGGUGCAGUCGGCCAUGAUCUCGGGCGAGAGGCUGCUCGAGCUCUUCAAGAUCCAACCGACCGUCGUCGACAAGCUCGGCGUGGGUCCGCUGCGGGAGUGUACCGGCCAUAUCAAGUGGAAUAACGUCGGCUUCUCGUACGACAAGCGCAGGCCCGCCCUGCGCGACCUGUCCUUCGAGUGCAAACCGGGCACCACGACCGCAUUUGUGGGCGAGUCCGGCGGGGGCAAGUCCACCGUUUUCCGCCUCAUGUUUCGGUACUACAACUGUCACGAGGGCAGCAUCGAGGUUGACGGCCACGACGUCAAGGACGUAACCAUCGACUCAGUGCGCCGCUUCAUCGGUGUUGUGCCGCAGGACACCAUCCUGUUCAACGAGACGUUGAUGUAUAAUCUCAAGUACGCCAACCCGAAUGCGACCGACGAGGAGGUCUUCGAUGCCUGCCGCGCCGCUGCCAUCCACGACCGUAUCAUGAGCUUUCCCGACGGCUACCUUACCAAAGUCGGCGAGCGCGGACUCCGGCUGAGCGGCGGCGAGAAACAGCGCGUGGCCAUUGCGCGGACGAUUCUGAAGAACCCCAGGAUCAUCAUGCUGGAUGAGGCGACAUCGGCGCUCGAUGGCGAGACGGAGCAAAAGAUCCAGUCCAAGCUGAUCAGCGGCAAAUUCGGCCAGGAUCGCACGCUGUUGAUUAUCGCUCACCGGUUGUCGACCAUCACCCACGCCGACCAGAUCAUCGUCCUCCAUGCUGGUACCGUCGUCGAGAGGGGCACUCACCAAGAGCUUCUGGCGCUCAAUGGCCGCUACGCCGCCAUGUGGGAGAAGCACUGUCGCGCCGAGAAGGCGGCCGAGCACGCUCGCGACGCCACUAGGAAAGCAAAGAAGCUGUUGAGCCAGGCGAACCUCGGCGACGACGGCUACAACAGCAUGCUAUCAUCGACGGUUCUUCCGACUGCCCCUCAGAGCCCUUCGGCGAACGCGGCCGACGCUCAUGAGACGGCGUCCAUCUCCUCGAAUACGAGCAAUACGUCCUCGAGCGGCUCGGACGGCACGCUUCAGGACGAUGGCGCGGACGCUCACGAUGGUCAGCCCGAUAAGCCCAAGGACGAAGCUCGGCCGCUGCUCUAUUCGUUUCCAUCCGAGUCAUCAUCCGCCGGGCGCUCGACCGAUACGUCCAGAUUCCCCUAAUUAGGCCUUUGCUAGGGCCAAACCUGAACUCUCCCGAAUCAAUUUACGAAUCAACUAAUACGCAAGGGCAGCCGUCAAGAGACCGGACAGGUCACAUUCGGCUCCCUGACGCUGCUCUCUCUGUCUGUUCUGCUCUUGUGCACGAUGUCAUCCUCCGGCAGCAACAACAAUUGGUGUCCUUAAUACCGGAAACAACCCCCUCAGCGAGGCAAAUAAGGCCUCCAACAUUAAUCCCGACACCGUCCAUCACCACCGUGAGAUAUGAUUCGGCACGACCAUAAUACCGCGAUGAUUUGACGACUUCCUGAGCCAGUUCGAAUAUGCACCUGAAACGAGCAGCGUACAGCUAAGGGACGUUUUGAGGAGCAUUAACCUAAUCAUCACUUGCUCCCUGCCCACGCUAGUCGCUUGCCUUUUCUGUGUGUUACUGUUUUUAUAUUUAGCAGUCCAUACCAUGCGCUUCAUCAGCGAUGUUUUUGUCUAUGCCCUCUGGUUUUCUGGUGCGCAGGGAAUUGGGGGGGAGGUUUUACCACUUCCCUCGAAGAGUGUUGGUGCUCAGUUGCGGUUAACCCGAGCACCAUCUCAACACAUAUUCUAAUGAGAGAUGACAUGACCACGAUUCUUGAAGCAUGGGCGGCGUUAUUUUCUUUUCCCUUUUCCCCCUUCUUCUCCUUUUUUUAUUUAAGCUUUUCCCUCGCCUGUCUUAUCUCCCUUUGCUUUAGCUUUCUGUCUUCUGAUGAAGAGCAUGGUAAAGUGUGGCACUUCGGGUCGGGUUUCGGAGGAUUGGGGGUAAUGGGAUGGACGGGAUGGGGUCAUGGGGCAGGGGCGGACGGGGUUGGCCAUGGCUACGGCUCGGUGCAUUACCAGUGGGAUGCAAUUGGGAAGGGUUUUUUACAAGUCAUAGCUCGGGGGUCUCGUUUCCUAUGAGAAGGGGGGACAAGGAGCAGUGGAACGGAUAUACCAAAAGUUGCUUCUUCCGGGCUUUGUUUUGAACCUCGGAGUGCG